AUGAGACACAAUUUAGAAGGCGAGCCAGCAUAAGUGCAAAAUGUGGAGUAAAGUUAUCCCCACAGUUUUGUGUGUUUUCUGUUUCCUGGCAGUAAUUCGGAGCCAAGUACUCAAACCAGUCGAUUUGGCCGAUUAUUACGAUUGCUGGACAUAUGCUGAGUGCUUUACAGAUUCGUCUGCACACCAAGGUAUUAUGGAUUGCUUCAAUUCCAUUGGCAAGGAUGUUGAGCCAAUGUUCAAGUUCGUUAAUGAAACUUUCUACACCUACCAUACUGAUAGCAUAGCAGAAGCAAUGGAAGAAUAUUGUGAUCUGUGUGGAGAUGCAAAAUAUUACGCAUAUGAAGAGACCCUCAAUGGUAUUUUCUACUAUCAGAAUAAAGCGUGCAGGGCACGGCUGAGGCGUCAGUGUAGCAGUUCAGAAAAAAUGCUGAAAUGCUUUUUCAAGCUUCUUGAUGGACUGAAAGACCAGGGCCUGUGUUAAACUAAUCAGGCGUACAGAAUUCAAGCAUCGUCUGCUUUCCAGGAAUGAAGUGACAAGUCAUAAUUGAAAUUUGUUUCUUAUUGUAACAAAUUUUAAGAUAUUUUUCCAAAAAUAAAAAUUAUUGCAAUCAACUGACAAAGAAUUUUAAUACAUUUUUAUUGUUCUGUUAUGAAUUUAUGUGUAUGCGAAAAUAUACUUUACAAAAUCACUUUAAUAUCAUGUUUCAUAUAGCUUUAUAUUUUGAAAGAAUUUUAUUGAAAUGGAAUAUUUCUGAUCAUAUUAUAGUCGCCAAUUAUUUGAAAUAAUCAAAUUUUGUAAAUGAAAAUAAUAUAAAAAUUUGUAUUUAUAUAAGUUGAUUAAAA